AUGACAUCGCCGCAGGUGACACAGCGCAACAGGCAGACUGCGCUGCUGCAUCUCGUUCAAAGCGCGAACCGUCUCUCUAAGCCCGUCUGGCAUAGACCUACUGCUGCUGCUGCUGCUGCUGCUACUGCUGCUGCUGCUGCUGCUGCUACUGCUGCUACUGCUGCUGGCACGGCUUGCGAUGCUGCCGAUGGAGUAUUAGCGCCGCGUGCAACGGCCGAUGACGAGGAUGGAGCUGCGGAGGAUGGCCAUGCUCCGGAGAUUGACCUCUCCUUAGUUCGCGUUCUCGCUGUCGGCUGUGACCUCUUUGUUGACGAAGUGUUGCAAUCUGCUGCUGCCUACGCAAUGGCUAAGCGGCACCAGAAGCAGCACCCCUCAGCGCUCCACCAGAAGAAGCAGCAGCAACAGCAGCAGCAGACUCUGUUGCAGUGGCUGCAGCAGCCUGCCGUUAUUAGCGUCUCCGAAGUUGACUUGUGCCUUCAGCGUCUGUGGGGAGAGAAUGCGCUGCUCGCUUUGCAGGAGGAGCAGCAGCAGCAACAGCAGCAACAGCAACAGCUCAUGCCGGAGGAAGGACAGCAGCUUGCUGCGCUCUCAGAAACAAACUCUUCACUGUUGCAAGAGCAGCAGAGCAGCCGCCGCUGCAGUGUCAGCGCUGCGGAUUCCGGCGAGCAGGCAGCACCAGAAUGUGCGGCAACUGCAGAAGCGGGAGCAGCAGAUGAAGCAACAGAUGAAAUGGAGCUUCUCGAUGCUCUAUUCAGUGAUCCAGGAGCCGCUGCCGAGGACUCUAUUGCUGUUGCCGAUAGCAGCAGCGCGGCAGAGAGACACCAGCUCUCGUUGCAACAGGAUCUUGGGAAAACGCCGAUUCCGUCUGUCUUAGCCCCUUUUGGCGAACUGCCAGAUAGCAGCGCAAGAUAUCCUGCCCGAACAGGUGAUGAGGAGCUGCAGCGGCUGCUACAGGAGGCCUCAUCCCUUGCCUCCUCAGUGGCUCAGCAGUUUGUGCAGCUGCAGUCUAGCGCCGCAUCAGGGAAUGAGUCCAGGCAAACUGCGCCAAAGACUUUGUUGGACGUGUUUGACCAAGGGUUGUAUGACUCCUGA